CCUUUGGACUGUCUCAUCUCUAACAGAAAUAGAACAGGCAGUAGGUGUUGCGGUGGCUUUGUCAUCAUUUCGUCGGCAUCUUCCAGUGGUCAGAAGAUAUCUCAUUGUCAACCGCACCCAGCGAAAAUCCUUAUUUGUGUUGUUCGCGAUUGCAAUUCAGUUAUUGUUAGACAGCUAUUUGAGCCACAAGAUAUCAUGCAGUUCUCCUUGGUACCAGUGCUGUGGGCUACCUUGCUGGGCAGCAGCGCUGCCUUUACCGGCAUUGCCAGCAAACCCCUUGCGGCAUCGCAAUGCCGACAGUUUCAGCUGAGGACCGGUCCUGUUUUGAAAGCCAGCGCCGAAGAGCAAUCUCAGGCGGACGAUGAAAUCGAAAAACUCAAAACCAUGGCGGCCAAGCUCCGAGCGGAAGCCAUGGCAUUGGAAGCUGACCGAGCCAAGGAACUGGCCGAAGCUGCAGAACGGGCCUUUCAAAAGUUUGAUACCAACCAAGAUGGAGAAAUUUCCCUAGAAGAACUUAAAGCGGGCCUCGAAAAGGCUUUCAAAAUGGAACUACCGGAAAAACGGGUCCAACAACUCAUGAACGACUUUGACACAAACCAGGAUGGAGCUCUGCAGUUGAAUGAGUUUGUCGGUGUUGACAAAUUCCGAAAUGCACUCGAACAAUUGGCCCGUGAAGAAAAGAUGGCCGCGCAAGAGGCACAAAAGGCUGCCAAAGUAGAAUCUGAAAUGGCCAAGUUUCUGGAAGAACAAAUGGAACUCAUCAACGACCGCGACCCUUCGACAAGCGAAAAGGUGAUAUCGACGCUGCCUUACCUCUUCCCCUUGAUGGAUGGACUCCAAUUUGGAAGAUUCUUAUUGGUGGAAAAUGCUGACAAUCCGCUCGUAGCCAUUGUGGCAAUCCUCUUUGCACUCUACAAGAGUGUCCCCUUUAGUGGGUUCAUUGCCUUUAUUGCUCUCAAUCUGUUGAGCUCCAAUCCGUCCAUCAACAAGCUCAUUCGAUUCAACAUGCAACAAGCCAUCUUUUUGGAUAUCUUUUUGUUCUUCCCGGGGCUCUUGGGGGCUCUCUACAUUCUGGUGGCGCAAAACAUGGCAGGAAUCUCGGUUCCUCCGGCUGUCACUGAGAUUGGCAGCGAUGCCGUCUUUUUCAGUCUGCUGGUAGCCAUUGGGUAUGCCACGGUGAGUUCGUUACUUGGAAAGGAACCAGACCAGAUUCCGAUCAUUUCCAAGUUGGUACAGGAUCGAAUGCCGAGGUUUGAAGUUGACAUGUCGCAAUUCGGACAAGUGCAGCCAAGAAAGGAGGAAACGCCUGGUGAUGAUGACAAGAAGGAUAAGAAAGAUUAAAAACAUAACGAAGCCUUCUCUCACUAUAUAUAUCGAGUCUCUUACGUUGCGCGAGGGUCAAUAGAAAAUUGAUGCAGAGAUGUAGUACCGGAAUGAAAUUUUAUUCUCCAUUUGAACAAUAUAAAAAAGUCAGCAUUCAUGGUACAGUCUAGAAAGAAAAGAGAGCUGGACAAGAGGCACAAAAGGCUGCCCAAGUAGAAUCUGAAAUGCCCAAGUUUCUGGAAGAACAAAUG